UUUUAUCACGCCCAAUUCCAAAUCUCAAACGUACCAUGGAUGAUUGCUUUGAUCUUGACCUAUCGUUGACAAUGGAAGAUCACCACCCCACCACCACCUCCGCCUCCGCCACAACUACGUCUACCAAAACCACAGAACUGCCGUCACCGGAGGAAGCUCAAAACCACGUUUUCGCCAUGCCGACUGUCGUGGUCACAUCGGGUGUUUGCACCGUGUGCAUGGAAGGUUUCGACUCAUCGUCGUGUACCAGUGGUAAGCAAGCUCCUUGUGGCCAUAUCUACCAUUUUGAUUGUAUUACAAAAUGGCUUUCCCUUCACAAUUCUUGCCCUCUUUGCCGGAGUAAAGUUUCCGGCCACCGGACAAGUUUUCCGGCGGAGGUUUUGUAGGGUUUGAUGAGGUGACCUAUGUGACACAUUGUGUUUAUCUAAAAUAAUAUCAUAAAACUUUGUUGUUGUUGUUUAGAUGUAAUUUUUGGCAUGUUAUUUUGGACGUUUAUGGAAAUUUUUGAUCCAUUUGUAAUAUG